AUGAACUCGACACGCCUUUUCCGCCCAAUUGCGCGGGCCUUCCGCCAACCUGCAAUACUCCGAUCAACCACCAUGGCCCGUCCCGUCGUCGCCGACGCCCAAGUCAAGGCCCAGAAGACCGAAGCUCAGGCUCCCACUCAGCAGAUGACGAUCCUCAAGUCGGCCAUGCCGCAGCUAGUCCCCUUCUUCUUCGUCAACGAGACCACCGCAGCCUUCAUCUUGCUCCCUUCUCUCAUCUACGUCCUCUCGAAAUACAUCUUGCCGCAGCGGGUCCGCAUGAUGGCUGCUCGUCUCUUCAUUAGCAAGCUCUAA